CAACAUUUAUCCAGCUGUCUCUCACGGAAAUGUAACCAAAACCUCACCACUUCUCUCUGCAAAAAGCCAAAAACAACCAAAACCUCUCUCUCUCUCUCUCUUUCACAGUGUUGCCAAAACCCUAAAACCCCAAUCACCAAGCUCAAAACACACACACACACACACACACUCUUUGCUGAAAAUGGCCAACAAGCUGGACAUGUCCCUCGACGACAUGAUCAAGAAUAGCCGAAGAUCCGGAGGGUACAAUGGUAAUUCUAAUUCCCGUGGCCGAGGCCGCUCCUCCGGUCCCGGUCCAGGCCCAGGCCCAGGCCCAGACCGCCGCUUCCCCAAUCGCAACUUUCAAAGAACCGCACCGUACUACGCUCCACAGGGAAUGCAAGUGAUGAAUCCGAUGUUGACACAACAAGUGGUGUUGGGUGUGGGUGGUGGUGUUGGUGUUGGUGUUGGUGUUGGUGGAUCUAACAUUAACAACUCAGAGGACGGUACCAAGCUAUAUAUAUCAAACUUAGAGUACGGUGUUACUAAUGACGACAUUAAGGUACUUUUCUGUGAGAUUGGUGACCUGAAAAGAUAUUCAAUCCAUUAUGAUAGGAGUGGAAGAUCAAAGGGAACAGCAGAAGUUGUCUUUUUACGCCAGGCAGAUGCUCUAGCAGCUAUCAAGAGAUACAACAAUGUUCAGCUUGAUGGGAAGCCAAUGAAAAUUGAGCUUGUAGGAGUGAAUCUGGUUACUCCUCCUGUUGUGCCACCUUUUCCAAACAGCAUAUUAGGAAAACCAAAUUUUGCCUUCAGAAGAGGAAGGCCUGCUCCUGGAGGUUGGGUUCGUGGUGGUGCUGGUGGCAUUGGCGGUGGACCUGCAAGGGGCCGUGCACGAGCAAAAGGUCCUGUUGAGAAGUUGUCUGCAGAAGAUCUUGAUGCUGACUUGGAGAAAUACCGCCUUGAAGCUAUGCAAAUAAACUGAAGUCUCUUCAUAGUUGAUUUUCCUUGGUACCUUGCUUGGCUAAUGAAUCUUUCAAGUAUGUUGGCUGUUUCGCCUGAAGUACUGUAUUUUCAGACAGUCGAAAUACCAAUUAGAGGAUACCAGUAAUAUACAUAUAUCCGGUACGGCUUUAGUUCUUGUUUGCUUCCUCGAAUUUAACAACGUAGUUUAGUUUGUAAUUGUGAUGGAUGCUGACUUCAUGGGUCGGUUUUUGUCUUGCAAUGCCCAGGCUGCUUAUGUGCAUGACCUGUUCAGUAAUAUAGUAGUUGAAACUUGAAAGUUACUUUUACCUGAUCUGGAAAUAUUACAUCCUUUUGAAAUUA